AUGUCGGAUCUCGUUGUCAAGGCGGCCUCCGAGCUGUCCAAGAGCCUGGCCGGGGUCAUCCACCUGGGCUGCGCAUUGCAGUUUGUCGACCAGGAGGGGUCCGAAGGCCGUGCGGCCGAGGCGCCGGGCGCCAGCGACCCGGCGCCCGGGCCCUUUGCCCUGUCCAAGGAGGACGCCCUGCGCCAGAUUGCGUCCAUCGUCUCCACACCGCCGGAGGACCCGGUCGCCGUGAAGGAGGCUCUGAACAACCACCAGAAGCGCCCCCGUCGGCGGGCCUCGCCGGGGGGCCUCCCGCCGGGGGCCAUCCACAGCGAGCCCGAUGUGCCGGUGGUGGCCCUGGUGGCCUUCGCGCCGGACGAUGAAAUUAUCACCUGCUCGCGGACCGGCCGGCCGCUGGCCUUCGCGGUGGUCCAGGACUCGGCCCUGUUCCGCCAGCGCACAGCGCCUUCGGCGGAGGCGGCGGCGAUGUCCACGCCGACGGCCGCCCCGGCACCCGGCGAGGACACCGCCACCAGCGGCGAGCCGCCGCCCCUGGUGCCCCCCCGCAUGCCGCCCGACGGCAUGGGAAUCUCCGGGCUGAAGGGCUAUGUGCCGAGCCUGGACCCGAACUGCUUCGACUACAUCGAGGAGCCCAUCUACUUUGCCAUGCGCCGGGCCUGGGACCGGCUCCCCCUGGAAAAUGUCCAGAUCGCCACGCUGCCGAUGGUCGGCGGCGGGCCGACGGCCGGGCGCCUCACCCGGCCGGUGCGGUCCUUCACCGAGCUGGGGGACUUCUCGCUGGCCGACCUGGACAAGCGCGUGGCCGAUGGGUAUGUGGUCCGGUCGGUGUCGGGCUUCCACCUGGCCUGCUUCCGCAUGCGGGCCCCCUUGCAGUUGACCAGCCACUGCGUGCCGCACAUCCUGGCCGAGUCGGACCUGCCGCCGGUCUUCCUGCUGACGAGCGCCGCCUCGGCCGGGUGGCACAGCGCCGGCGAGGCGCUGUACGGGGUGGCGGUGCUGUCGGACGCCCUGGCCCCGGCCGGGGUGAUUGGCCACCAGCGCAGCCACUCGUGCUGCACGUGCAAUUGCGUGCCGGCCGAUGCCCCGGCCCCCGGGCUGGGGGAGGUCUUCCUGCGGCGGGUGGCCGCGCCGGAGCUGCCCACCCGGCUGGGGCUCAUUUGCCGGGGGUCGCCGUUUGCCUCGCCGUCGGCCGGGGCCGCGGCGGCGCACGCCCACCCGGGGCCGGCGGCCCCCCCGGCGGCCCUGGCGCCGCAGCACCGGCGCCACCGGCCGCACGACACCCUGGACUAUUGGGUGACCGGGUAUCGGCUGGUGUCGCUGCAUGCGCCCACGCGGGCCGUGGCCAUUCGCCGGCUGCGCACGUACUUCCUGCUGUCCAGCCGGGACUUGGAGCACCCGCUGCUGCGCCUGGUGCAGCCGGUGCCCCUGGCCACGUCGCCGCUGGACCGGGGCCAUGUGCGCAGCGGCCGGCACGAGCGCAUCCUCCUGGCGGCCGGCUUCCGCCCGGGGGACAUCGAGGCCUGGCUGGCGUACGAGUAUGACCGGCUCUUCCCGGAGGGGCUGUCGCACUUUGUCUACCCGGCCGGCAUGCCCGUGCGCCUGGGCCAUCCGGUGUGCGUGUGCCCGCAGGCCCUGCCCCUGGCCUCGGCCUCGCAGCUGGACCUGCUUCCGGUGGACCGGCACCUGUCGCCGGCGGCCUCGGAUCCGGCUUCGCACGAGGGGUUCCCGGCCGCCGGGGCGGCCUUCCUCCGGCAUCCCUCCGCCGGCCUGGGCGAGGGGGCCUCGGUCAUCGGGCCGCUGGCCACCACCGACGUGUCCAUGGUCCGGACGCCGCUGACCGGCCUGUCCUCCUGGGAGCGGGUGGUCGUGCCGCCGGCCCAGGUGCUCCUGUUCCAGCGCGUGGCCAUCGCCCUGCGGCCGGUCCGCCUGACGGUCGAGCACUUCCGCAAAUUCGUCGCCAAGAAGGCCCCGCACCUGGCGGACCUGCUGGCCUUCCUGGACUCGGAUCGGUGCACCUUCGGCCGACUGCCCCAGCGGGAGAAUGCCUGGCCCGGGCCGGCCGUGGCCUUCGGGUGCUCCCUGGUGCAGGGGGCCUCGCAGCUGACCACGGUGGCGGCCCUGCGCUCGCCGCGGCUGCUGGCCGGCGUGCUGCCGGCCAUGGGCAGCACCGGCAGCAGCAGCAGCAGCAGCAGCACCUCCGGAUCGCCAGUGGCCCCGAUGCACCCGCUGGCCGGGCUGGACCCGGCGCCGGACGCCCCGGACCCCGGGGUGUGCCACACGCGCUGGGUGUCGACGGUCUUCCCGCGGCAGUUGGAGCCCGGGUGCGCGGCGGUGCGCUUCCGCCGCCGGCAAAACGAAGUCCUGGCCACCAUCGGCAGUGUCAUGCGAAAUAUCUCCCCCACCGGGCUCUACCUGGCCGUCAACCAGGUGGCCAUGAACCAGUCGCUGCUGAUCACCGGGCCCCGGGGGUAUCCCGGCAGCACGGUGUCCAUGUGCGUGGCGUCGGCCGUCAUCUGGCUGCUGGUGUCCAAUGAGCCGGCCCUGGCCGGGGUGUCGCUGCGGCGGCUGCUCGAGGACCCGGGGUCGGUGCCGGCGGGGGCGCGGCCGCGCGGGGCCUCGGGCUCCGGCGGGCCCGGCCCCGGGUCCGGGUCCAAGCCGGCCGGCGUGCUGGCCCCGGAUGCGGACCCCACGCUGCAGGCCACCGGCCUGAUUGCGCCGCUGCGGUACUCCAUGAUCUUCGUGCCGUCCAUCCACUACACCGGGCUGGCCAUCGUCAACUUCCUGUCGUCCAUCCUCCUGGCCACGGCGCACAUGGUGUACCGGGUGCCGGGCGGCCUGGACCCGGACCAGCUGGACGACGAGGACCCGGAUGACAUGGGCCUCGGCCGGGCCCGGCAUGUGGGCCUCGACGGGUCGGCCUCCGGGCAGGUGCAGCUCCCCACCGACUUCGGCAUGGCCACCGACUCCGGGGAGGAGCGGGACCCGGAGGAGGAGCAGGAGGAGCAGGAGGCGCACGAGGAAGACGGCGAGGACGAGCCGAGCCCCGGGCCGGGGGGGGCCUUCGGCAGCCGGGCCGGGUCCUCCUCGGGGCUGGCCUCGGGCUCGGGCUCGGGCUCGAGUCUGGCCUCGGGGCCGGGGGCCGGGCCCGCGCCGGCCACCCUCUCGCCCUUUGCCCUGCUGAGCGACCUGCUGCCGCUGGUCCCGGUCAAUCGGGCCUUCGAUGGGGAGGAGCAGCCGCUGGCGCACUUGGACCUGAGCAGCCGGCACUUCCUCGGGGUGGACAAUGCCCAGGACUUGGAUGCCUUCGGGCAGCAGAUGCUGCUGAGUGACCUGCACGAGCGCCAAGUGGCGCGGGCCUUCGGGUCGACCGGGGGCCCGGGGCGCCGGCCCGGCGACGGGCCGGAUGCCGCGCCGGCGUCGGCCUCCACGCCGGGGCUGGCCGGCAGCCCGGCCAUGGCCGCCGGCGGGUCGACCACCGCCGGCAGCCUGGCCACCACCAUCACCAACUUGCCCGGGCGCCUGUACCAGUCGGUCAGCGCGCUGAGCCCGAGCGGGUCGUCCAGCCCGGCGCUUGGGCCGGCCGGGGCCGGGCCCGGGCCGGGCCCGGGUCCCAGCCCGCCCAUGAGCCUGGCCUCGCUGGAGCUGUUUUGGGAAAUCUCCAAAUACCUGCGGGACAUGGGGAAUGCGGCGGCCACGGCGGCCGGGACCGGGCUGCGCCUGGCCGUCGACCAGUUUGCCUCCUGCUCGCCGGUGGCCCUGCAAGUGUCGCCGCACUUCCCGAAGCUGUCGCCGCCGGUGGCCGACUCGUCGACCGGCGGCCCGCCGACCAAGCGCGCCCUGCUGUCCUUCUUCCUGGACCGGCACUUCCGCGCGGCCCCGGAGCAGCUGUACCCCUGGCUCAUGUCGCUGGUGGCGCAGCCAUCCCUGUCGCCGCACAGCUUCGUGUGCAAUCGCCUGGUGUUCAGCCUGCGGUAUGGGGCCCGGGUGCUGAUGGCCAGCAAUCUGGGCCUGGCCGAGGAUUGCGUGCGCUUUGUCACCCCGACCGGGCGGCUGGUGGACUCGCCGCAAAUGCAGGCCCUCGCGUCGUUGCCCUACUCGGCGCCGCUGCAGUCGCCCUUCGGCGGGCUGGUGAUCGGGGCGCCCGGGCCCCGGGGGUCGCCCUUCGGCGGGCUGGGCGCCCCGGCGGCCGGGGCGUCGGCCGGCGCCGGCGGCAACCCGAUCCCGGGCCAGUCGCGCGGGGCCAUUGCGGUCAUCACGCCGGCCGGGCUGCUGGCCGGCCGGCCGGGGCCCGAGCCGGCCGAGCACGACGACACGGCCGAGGCCCUGCUUGUCCAGUCGCUGACCCUGUCCGGGCUGUUUGACUCGUCGGAUGGGUCGUGCCCGGGGUCGUCGUGCUCGAGCCCGGGCCCGGGCGAGCCGGCCCCCGGGCCCGGGCGCCGGUCCUUCGCCAGCGACGUGGCCAGCAUCGAGGAGCUGGUGGAGCUGGUGGAUGUCGGGGUCCUCGGGCCGGGGGCCGGGGCCUCCUCCGGGCCGCCGUCGUCGUCGUCGUCGUGCUCAUCGUCGCCGCUGCUGCAGCAGGCCCUGCGCGCGGGCGGCCUGCAGCCGGAGCCCCUGCAGUCGGAGGCCCCGGCCCCGCGGCCGCGGUCCGCCUCGCUGCGCGGCGGCAGUGGGCCCGGGGGGCUGGUGCGGCCCGGCUCGGCCGGGCUGUCGCCCCUGUCGACCCUGCCGGCCGGCGGCCAGCACCACCACCCGGCGGCGGCGGGGGGGCCCUACUCGCCGGUGUCGGGGGGUGCCUCGCCCGGGGGCUUCAGCCGCAUGUCGGCCCCGGCCAUGCCGCUGAGCAUGGCCGGCCCCGGGGCCGGGCUCUCGGCGCUGGCCAUGUCGCCGGUGCUGUCGUCGCUCCUGCCGCGGCCCCCCUCGCCGGGGCUGGCCCCGGUGGUGGUGGCCCCGUCCAUCUCCUCGCCCUCGGCCUCGCUGAUGCGGUCGUCCUCCAGCUUCCUGAUGACCUGUGUGCCGGGAGCCGAGGGCCAGGCCGGGGGGCCGGCCGGCCCGGCGGCGCCCACCCUCUCGCCGCUGACCGGCGAGCUGGUGCCGGACGAGGCGGCCAAGCCGGCGCCGGCCGGCCCGGCCCCGCUGCUGCUGCUGCAGCGGUCGCACUCGGCCAUGCCGGCGCUCGGGGCCGCCGGCCGGGGCGCGGCGCGGCGGGACACGCCGGGGCCCGGGCCGGCCGGCAAGCCCCCCGCGGCCCGGCCCCCGGCCCUCGGCGGGCCGCUGGUGUCGCUGGUCGGGGCGUGCCUGUGUGCCUGCUGCACGGUGGCCCUGGGCCCGGAGGCCGGGGAGGCCGGCCCGGCGGCCGGGCUGGCGCGGCUCUGGGUGGCCGAGCUGCUCGGGGCCCGGUGCGCCUUCUGCCGGCCGAUCUUCUUCCAGGCCGGCGACGCGGCCCCGGACCCGGGGCACACGCUGUUCCCGUGCUUCCAGCUGGGGCUGGCCGGGGCCGGGGCCCUGGGCCGGGCCCUGACCAAUCCGGUGGACACGCUGCUCCGGUCGCGCGCCGGCCCGGCGGCGGUGGACUUCACCGAGCACCUGUUCUUGAACUUCGAGCAAUUCAGCCGGCAGGUGGCCCGGGGCAGCCUGCUGGACCAGGCCCUGGUCCUGCGGCUGCGCACCUUCAACCCCUUCGUCAGCCUCAUCCAGCAGUGCCUGCUCCACCCGCCGGUGCCGGCCCUCGGCACGGUCACCCUGCGGGCCAACCUCUUCCCGGCCGAGGUGCAUGCCCUGCUGCAUGAUGACCUGGAGGCCGUGGACCCGGAGGAGGCGCCCUAUGGCCCGGGGUCGCCGCUGGCCACGCUGGCCUCGCUGGUGCUGUCGUACUUUGGCCACGGCCGGGCGGGGUUCCGGCCGCUGCUGGCCGGCGGCGAGGGUGGCGGCGGCGGCGGUGCCCUCCGUCCGGGGCCCGGCGGCACCGGCGGCACCGGCGGCACCCGGCCGGGGCGACAGUGCUCGGCCGUGUGGCCGGGCGUGCCCGGCAGCAAGCCCGGGCCCGGGGCCCUGCAGCCGACCCUCCGGCUGCCGGUGCCCACCGGGCCGCACCCCCCGCGCGACCCCCUGCACCCGAGCACGGCCGCCCCCGGGUCCGGGCAGCCCCCGCGGCAGUGCUCGCUGGCGGACUUGCGCUUCUUCAGCGCGGCCAAUGUGGCCGACAGCGCGCUGCACCUGGUGUCGCUGGUGGCCUGGCUCAGCUGGCUGACCGUGGUCCGGGCCUCGGAGCUGACCUUCGGCUAUCUGGCCGGGCCGAAUGGCGAGGCGCUGACCCCGGCGGACCUGGUGGCCCGGCUGGAGGUGACGCGCUUCGCCACGCGCAUGGAGAUGGGGCUCCUGUCGUCGGGCGGGUGGCUGGCCGGGCCGGCCCCCUCCAUGGCCGGGCCGCUGGCCGGGCCUGCCUGGUCCGAGUGGGCUGCCGGCGGGGCGCCCGGGCUGAGCCCGGCCGCGGCGGCUGCCUCCUCCUCGGCCUUCGGGGUGUAUGCCCCGGGGGCCGGGCCGACGGCUGCCACCACCCCGGGGCCGGCCUCCCCCGGCAUCGGGAGCCCCCUGUCCCCGGGGCCCGAGCAGAAUGGCGGCCUGGACUAUGUGGAUGGGGGCGGCCUGCUGGGGGCCUUCUCGGCGCUGCUCUUCAACCAGGACUCGGCCGCGGCCCCGGUCAAGCCGCUCAGCUCGCACAACAUCCCCCCGACCUCCUACCUGUCGGAUGUGAUGGCGCGGUACUCGCCGCAGACGGGGGCGGCGGCGGCGGCGGCGGCGGCCGCGGUGACGGCAGCCGCCGCCGCGGCCGCCUCCUCGGCCGCCGCCGGCCCCACCGGGCGCACCGUUCCCGGCAUGCGCUCGCGCCGUCCCGGCCGGUCGGGCGCCUCCUCGGCCUUCCGGGUGCCCGGGUCCGCUGCGGGCGGCCUUUCGACCGGGGCCUCGGCCGGCACCGGGGUCUCGCCGUCAUCCUCCUCGGGCUCCCUGCCGGCGGGCGGGGCGUCGGGUGGCCGCGCCGCCGCGGUGGCGGCCAAGCGGCCUGCCGGCCCGGCCGGGCGCGCGGGGCCGCCUGGCCCGCCGGGUGCCGGGGCGUCUGCGCCCCCGGCGCCGCCGCUGCCGGCCGGGGCGUCGGCCUGGCGCCCGGGCCCCGGCGCCCCGGCACCGCCACCACCACCACCGCCGCCGCCGCCGCCGCCGCCGCCACCGCUGCCGCCGUCGGGCCCGGCUGCCUCCGGCGGGCCCGGGUCUCGGCGCCGGGGCCAGGCCCCGCCCGAGGCCGGCCGGCCGACGGCCGACGGCCACCUGCUGCCCUCGCUGUCGAUCCUCGGGGCCCUGGGCGUGACGGUGCCGUCGGCCGGGCCGGGGCACCUGGGCGACGCGGACGCCGGCCCGCGGGCGGCCAGGCCGGACGCCGCGUGCCCGGUGCUGUCGAGCGCCGAGGCGGCCAGCAUCGGCAGCGGCUUCGACCCGGAUGCCGAGAUCACGCGCCUGCUGGAGGGGGUCCCCCUGUCCUCGGUCCGGUACAAUUUGAUGCUGCUGUGCGCGGCGUCCGGGCGCUUCAGCGAGCAGUCGCUGUCGGCGGAACUGGCCCAGGUGGACCAGGCCGAGCGGCACAUCCGCGAUGCCCUGCUCCUGCGGGCCUACCUGAACAAGGAGUUUGCGGCGCAGCGCGGCGCCUUCCUGGGGGCCGGGCCGGGCCGGGCGGGCGGGCCGGUCGUGUCGGCCCCCGGCCGCCACAGCUCCAGCCCCGCCAGCCAGCCCUUCUUCCAGACGACCAUGAGCCUGCGCGAGGCGCUGCUCAGCCCGGAGUCGGUGCCGGAUGAGUCGGCGCCGGACUUGGCCGGCGCCGCGGCCCUCGACGACGGCCUGGCCGUGCCCACGGUCUCGGCGUGCACCUGUGCCCUGGACCAUGCGGCCGGGCGGGCGACGCCGGCCGGCCCGGCCCCGCCGCGCGGCUUCUUCGCCGACGUGGUCGAUCUGUCGGACUGGAAUGUCUGGGCCUCCGGCUGGUGUGGCCAGUGCCCGCGGGCGGAGGACGAGCCCGCCCGGGGCCGGGGUGCCCCAACCUCGCGGCGCGUGUUCCAGCACCGGGAACCUCCGGACGGAGUAGGGCCGGUGAGCUUCUCGCAGGAUGUCCUGUCCCAGCCGUUCAUCAUGCAGGAUGGGACCCUGCUGCCGACGGAGCGCGGCCCGGCGGUCACCUCGACCGGGGCCCCGGUGCGCAUCCGGCUGCCGGCCGGGCCGGACGCCGGGCCCGGGUCCACCGGGCAGGCCGUCUCCCGGCUGGGGGCCAUCCUGGGCGCGGUGGCCCACAACCACGACCUGGACAGCCACCUGGCCGGGGACAUUUCCUCGCACAGUGAGAUUGCCAUUUCCUCGCCGUCGCUGGCCCGGCGGUUCAUGCGCUUCCCGACGCUGGCGGUGCCGGCCUGCCGCCGGACGGUGGCCUUCGCCGAGCAGCUGCUCACCUUCACCUCGGCCACGGCCGAGCGCUGGGUCGGCCUCAUGCUGGCCGGCGAUGCGGGCGCCGGUGGGCCCGGGCUCGCUGGGCCGCCGCCGCCGCCGCCGCCGGCCCCGGGGCCCGGGGUGCUGGCCGGCCCGCCGGCGACCCCGCCGCCGGCCGCGCGCCCGGCCGGCGCGCCAGUCCCCUCGCAGCGCCCCCCGGCCGACGGGCCCACCUCGCCGGUGGUGCCCCUCCUGGCGUCGCCCUUCCAGCAGGGGCUGACCGGCGGCGAGGCGGCUGGCGGCCGGUCGCCGAUGCGGCGGCCCGGCGCCGGGGGGCUCCCCCCGACGUCGGCCCCGGCGGCGGCAGUGGGGCACUUUUCGAGCGCCGCCCCGGCGGUCGCGGCGGCCAGCCAGCUUUCGGCCGCGGCCACGGCCUCCGGCCAGCCGGAGCCCAGUGCCAAGCCGGCCGCGGCCCCGGCGCCGGGCUCGCAGCCGCAGCCGCCGGCCCCGGCCCCGGCCCCGGCCCCGGCGCAGUCGCCCGCCCGGCCGCCGGCCGAGGGGGCCCUCUGCCCGGUGUGCCGGCAGGCCCUGCAGUCGUCGCUCUUCUUCGUCUACCAGAUGGCCCUGUCGCCGGGGGAGCCGAUGACCCUGCCCCUCGGGGCCCCGGGGUCGUCCCUCUCCUCGGAGGGGCUGGCGUCGCUGGUGCUGAAUGCCAUCUUCCCGCUGGUGUCCGCGCGGAAUCAGUGCCCCCGGGCCGGGUGCUUCGGCAGCCUGUACUACACCCUCCGGGCGUUGCUCUGCCCGCAGACCCUGACCCGGAGCCUGUCCAGCCGGCCGGACAGCGGGGCCUGCGCCUGCGCCGUGUCGCCGGGGCCGGAGGACGCGGCCCUGGCGCCGGCCGGCCUGGGCGAUGCGAAUGCCGGCCGGCCGCCGUCGCCCUCGCCGCUGGGCUCCCGGCCCGGCCCCGGGGCCGAUGGCCUGCUGCCGGUGGUCGGGGGCAUGAUGCUGUCCGGGCCCCCGGACCCGGAGUACCACCCGGCCAAUGGCGACGGGCCCGGUGCCCAGCAUCCGCACCCCUCCUCGCCGGGGCGGUUCCUGUCCUCCCUGCGCGGGGGCCUGACCCUGGCCGAGGCCUACCGGAAGGAUCGCUUCCGCCGGGCCAAUGCCUCGGAGGACACGCGCGCCCGGUCGGCCUCCGUGUCCCGGAGCCGGUCCUCCAGCUACCAGAAUCUGCCGGAGCACCGGCCGGGCGCCGGGGCCGCGGCGGGGCCCACGCCGCUGGCGGCCCUCGGCCUGGGGCCGGCCGGCUCCCCCGGCACUGGCGGUGUCCUCCCCCCGGCCGGGCCGGCCACCGGCACCGGCAGCAACAGCUCGCUGGCCCAGCAGCCCUCGCAGCCAUCGCAGCCGCAGUCGCAGCGGCGCCUGCUCGAGGGCGAGGGGCUCCUCUCCGGCCCGAUGCAGGCGUACACCCUGCUGACGUACCCGCAGAUGGCCGGCGACAUGGGGCCGGGCCCCGGGGCCCGGCUUGGCUCGGGGCCGGGCCCGGUGGCGGCCGUCGGGGCCGGUGCCACGGCCGGCCCCGGCCCCGGCCCCGGCCAGGCCCCCCUGACCGGGGCCGGCUGCUUGGCGGCCCUGGUCGGCGGCCCGUGCACCUGCGGCGGCCGGUGUGAAAGCCACUCGCCGGUGCUGACGCCGACCAAGUGGCGCGCCGGCGGGGCGGCGGUGCCCGGCUCGCCGGCGCCCUCGCCACUGACGCCCCGGCGGCCGGGCCCCGGCGGGGCGGCGGCCGACGCGCUGGCCGCCGCCGCGGCCGAGCUCCAGCACCUGGCCCUCAUCUCGGUGGAGCUGCCCUCCCUGCCCGGGGUGGUGGUCCGGGUGCCGGUCCUCUUCGCCGAUGAGGCGGCCUUCGCCACGGUCUUCCGGUGGACUCUGGCCCAGCUGUCCAACCCCCGGGCCACCACGAUCCUCCCCUCGCACAGCACCUCGGCCUCGUACCGGUGGCACCCGGCGGAUGUGGCCCCGGCCGCCGCGCCGGCCGUCGCCCUUCGCCAGUACUUCCCCCACCUCCGGGCGGCCCUGGCGCCGGAGAUGGCGCCCUGAGGCGCCGGCCCUGCGCGGGGGGGGGCCCCCCCGCGCACAAUACACGGAAUAGAGAUCUGCA